AUGGUUGAAGUCUCUGCCAGCUCACUCCAUACCACUUGGGAUGAGUACAAGGCUGCUUUCAUCAACCACUUCUACACCAAGCAAAGAUCAAUUUCUGUAAGGAACAAGAUCUCCAACUUUCGCCAAGCCAACAAUGAAUCUUUCUAUGAGGCGCUAGAUCGAUUCAAGGAGUACAUUAGGGACUGCCCUAAUCAUGGUUUCAAUGAGGGAAACCUAUGGAACAUCUUCUAUCGUGGCAUAGACCACAAGUACAAGCUUUCAUUGGACACUGCAAGCAAUGGAAACUUCAUGACCAAGACUGUUGAUGAAGCUAAGGUUCUUAUUGAGAAUCUUGCAGCUAGUGAUUGUAACAACUGUCCUGAUUAUGACCGCUCAAGCCGCACCACUACUAGCUCCCCUGAUUCUUUUCAAAUGACUGAACUCAAGAACAUGAUGGCUCAAGUUCUUAAGGGACAGCUCAAGCAUAUCAAUGCAAUAGAAGGGAUGAGUGAUGCUAAUGAAGAUUCAUCAAGAGAAUGCAUGGGAGAUUUCUCUAAUGAAGCCAAUGAAGAAGAUGUGAACUACAUUGGAAACUAUGGGAACAAGGGAUACAAUCCAAGCUAUCGCCCAAACCCCAACAUGUCUUAUAGAAACCCCAAUGUGGAGAAUCCUCAAGACCAAGUGUAUCCUCCAAGGUAUCCACAACAACAAAGACCUCCUUACCAAUCUCAAGGAAGUCAAUUUCAGCCAAGGCAAGGAUAUGAGCAGAGAUCAUCAUAUCCGCCCAAGGAGCCAUAUGCUUCUUCACCAAAUCAAGCUCCUCCAAACCAACAAGGUGGGAGAUUUGAAGGAAUCCUCCAACAGAUCAUGGAUGGCCAGAAGAGAAACAUAAAGAGAUGUAUGAGAAGAUGGACACUUUGUUCAGCAAUCUCAACACCAAGUAUGAUGCUGUUGCCACUCAUGUGA